AUGCAGCAACUGUUGCCGCAGUUCGGACUUGGCGUCUUCUAUAGACGUCCCCUGUCCUGCGUGGGCUUCUUGCGCCUUGCCCGGCAGUACCCAAUAUCGUGCACUUCAGCGAGGUUCCCAUAUUCCCCUCCAGUUUCAGAUACUGUAGCAAAGGGAACAUCUACAACCGCCCAGCUGCGUGGAACUGGUCACCCUUCAGUGCUGCGAUUCUGCCCAAAUUUAUCCUCUUCUCUAUCCUUAAAAUAUGUUGGGAGGUGCUCGAUUACUGAGCUUUCAGCAGCAAAAGUGUCUGCUCUCCCCAUAUCCGCGGACCUGCAGGAAGGGUUGCAGCGCCUUGGAAUUCGAAGACUUGCGGAGGUCCAGCGAGUUUGUCUUUUGCGUGCAUUAGGAGGCGCAAGCCUCGUCGUUGCAGCUAACCCAGGGGCUGGGAAAACACUCGCCUACCUCCUUCCUGUUCUGCAGCGGUUUGUAGCUGAAGACGGGCGGCACACGUCGGAUGUAUCGGCUGGUUCGCAUUCAUCUCCAUUUGCACUGAUCCUCGUUCCUUCUCGUGAGCUGGCACGGCAAGUAGCGAAUGCUGCUGUGGCCCUACUACCGCAAGCACCGGUGCUGCUCUUAGACCCUGCUUCCCCCGUGCGGCAUCACCAGCGAUUAUUGAGCCAUUUACAUGUCAAGAUCGUUGUAUCCACUCCUGACAGAAUCCUAUCUCUAGUACGGGAAAGGCCUCAAGCUGCUGGAGCAGGGAGAACAGAACAGGCUGAACUUGCCCACCUCAGCUUAAAAAACCUCCAAAUCUUAGUAGUCGAUGAAGCAGACUGCAUGCUGCGUCGAGAUUACCACUCUAAGGUGCAGUUCAUCUAUAGGGAAGCCACGGGUUGGAAAGCCAGCGAAGGGGGAACUGGACCUGGAGAAAGAUUCCGGGACUGCAGGAGUGCUCUUCAAGUGCUUUGCUUCAGCGCGGUCUUGCCUUCACGCUUGCUAGAUACCUUUGAAGCAGAUUUUCCUCACGCGGAAGUUCUAAACCUGCUGAACGCUGCUAAAUGUGGGACACAAGGAGGGAUAUAUGAAGGGCGCCAAGCUCUAGCAGAGUUGUCUGCAGAGGUGCCCUCAAACAGAAGCGGCUCCCCAGGCAGCGCUGUCGUGGGAGCUGGUGUAAGCCACCACAUAUGUUACAUGCCCGCGUGUAAUACCUCACACUCUCCUCCAAACACUACCUGCGAUGAAUCAGCGGUGCAGCAAAACAUUGGGGGGAGGCGAAGAGGCCAGACAGCGGAAGAAGAACAUGUAGAAAGGGAACGCAAGAUGCUGGCUUUAGCCGAAAUUUUGAGAGCAUUCAUUCCUCGUUUGAUACAGGGCAACUGCCAUUCCGCCAACCCAGGUAUUUUGGGGACAGGAGGUACUGAGGAUGCGGGGAAAUUCCCAGAAUGUCGUGAAGCACUGGCAAAUGCAUCAGCAAGCAGUCCAAAGGAGCAGCCAAUAGAUGCGGGGGGCGAAGAACAGACUUCCGCUUCCGGUUUGCAGCCUCCAGUUUUAAGAAAGCUUUCCACGGAAGCAGAAAGAAGCACAGAAGAAGGGCAUCCCCAGUGCAUUGUCUUUGCCGACUCUCAAGAAGAGGUGCGCUAUAUCAAGAACCAUCCCCUGCUUGACUCCUGGCGCAUCGCUUCAGUACAUUCGCGCAUGGAUGCAGAGGACCGAGAGCGUGCUAUACAGAGUUUCUUGGAGGGAGAUGUAAGUCCCCUGCGAGGCGGGCAGUCACUUGGUCUUGUGUAUGACAGCGUUACGCCCAUGCCGUUGUCAUCUACCGCACGUGCUUUUAAUUAUCCUGUUUGGGCUUCAUGCGAUGCCAACCGCAUACCAGACAUUACGACUUCGCAGGCAUCAGUGCUUGUCAGCACCGACAUAGCCGCUAGAGGCUUCGACAUUCCGUCUGUUGUUCUAGUCGUCCAUUUUCACCCCCCAAGUACUCCCGAAAACUACACACACAGAACAGGCCGCGCAGGGAGAGGUAGAACUCCAGGGGCAUCAGUUGUGCUCUGCAGCACCGUGGAGGUGAAUAAACUUCGGGAUGUCGAGCGUCUAGGGCAUGUAUACUUUGAGCGUCGAACACUACCAGCAGCUGCUGACUGCCAAGAACUCAUGCUGAAACAAUUGAUAGCGGAUAUGUUGAAUGUCCCCUAUGCGCAAUAUGCCUCGCUUCUACACGUGGCUCAGAGACUUCAGGAAAAAGUGGGGGAACAGGCACUCGCAACAGUCUUGCUUAAACUUGGAGGGGCCAGUGCAAAUAGUGCGUUGGGUCUGGCACGCGUCUUCAAGGUUCAAUGGCUGCGCGCCGACUUCUUCAACACCUGUUGCCUCGUGGUGCAACCCCAGAGACUGUCUCUUGCACGGUCGAGGAAAGAAUCGCACCGUCAAGCAGCGCAGAAACAUCGGGUACUCAAAAGGGAUUCUUUGCAGCUUCAGAUGCUCAAAAAUAUAGAUGUUGGCAAGUCAUAG